AUGUCUGCAUAUCCCGACUCUGACCACUACCAGCGUGAGAGGUCCCGUUCGCCCCGUCGUCGUUCUUCUCGCAGUCCCCGUCGCAGCCGUCGCUCCUACACGCCGCGCAGCCGCUCUCGCAGCCGUGACGAUUACCGUCGCAGUGAUCGCCGUUCGCGAUCUCCUUUGAGUGCUUCCGGUGCUGGUGGACAGCCAGGCUCUCCCUACGGUGGACGCAGUGGUUACGCGCCGGGCAGAACGUUCGAGGAUCGUGCCGAUCGUGUCGCCGCGAAAGAAAACAUGAUGCAAUCCGUCCGCGAUUCGUCCCAGCAAGACCGUCGGGUCUAUGUGGGCAAUUUGAGCUACGAUGUCAAGUGGCAUCACCUCAAAGAUUUUAUGCGACAGGCUGGAGAGGUUCUCUUUGCCGAUGUAUUACUACUUCCGAAUGGAAUGUCGAAGGUGGGCGCCAAUGCGAUUGUGGAAUACGCAACCAGGGAGCAAGCACAGAACGCAGUCAACACGCUUAGCAACCAAGACCUGAUGGGACGCCUUGUCUACGUCCGCGAAGUAAGUCAUGGCCUUUUUUGGUGUCGUUCAGAUCUGACCGUUUGUAGGAUCGUGAAGCCGAGCCCCGUUUCAUCGGUGGACCUCCCCGGGGUGAGUUCGGGGGUGGCCGCGGUGGUUUCGGCGGUGGCUAUGGCGGUGGCCCCAGUGGCCCCCCCCGGCGGUGGUGGUGGCCGACAGCUCUACGUGUCGAACCUCCCCUUCAACGUUGGCUGGCAAGACCUGAAGGAUCUUUUCCGCCAAGCGGCUCAGCAGGGUGCCGUCAUCCGUGCCGAUGUGCAUACCGACCCCACCGGCCGUCCCAAGGGCUCUGGUAUCGUUGCCUUCGAGUCUCCCGACGAUGCGCGCAAUGCCAUCGCCCAGUUUAACGGAUUCGAGUGGCAGGGCCGUCCGCUGGAGGUCCGUGAGGAUCGUUUCGCCGGCCCCGGCCCCGGCUUUGGUGGCCGCGGCGGCUAUGGUGGUGGAUUCGGUGGUCGUGGCGGGUUCGGAGGCCGCGGAGGCUUUGGUGGUGGCCGCGGAGGAUUCGGCGGCGGCUUCGGUGGCCGUGGUGGUUUCGGUGGUCCUCCCGGUGGUGGGCCCCCCGGUGGCUUUGGUCAUGGCGGUCCUGGCGGUCCUGGUGGUGGCUUUGACAACGCGGCUGCCCCUCCAGCGGCUCCGAACCCCUUCACUGAUUACGCUACCUCGGGCGGCGAAAAGAGCGCCGUCAUCUACGUGCGCAACCUGCCCUGGUCCACCUGCAACGAGGACCUGAUCGAUCUGUUCUCGACUAUCGGCAAGGUCGAGCGUGCUGAGAUUCAGUACGAGCCCAACGGACGCUCGCGCGGCACUGGUGUCGUGCAGUUCGACAGCGCAGACACUGCGGAGACAGCGAUCUCUAAAUUCACCGGCUACCAGUACGGUGGUCGUCCUCUCGGCAUCACUUUCGUCAAGUACCUGAACGCAAACCCAGGUCCCGGAGACGUGAUGGAGGAUGCUGAGCCCCCGGCCGGCCCCACCCAGGAUCAGAUCAUGUAG